AUGGAUCGAGUUCAAGAUUUUCUCAAGGCCGGACACGGUACAUUCGUUGACGCGGUAAUGGGGACGAGAGGCAUCUCAUGCUCGAAUCACCAUGAUCACAUCUACGCAGUACUGAGCUGUGCCAGCGAAGGGCCCAGCUUAGAUCCUGACUACACGCUGAGUGUUCAAGACACAUUCAAGAAAUUCACCCUGGUCAUGCUGAUACAGGAGCAUAAUCUGAAGGUGCUAAGCCUGGAACCUCAAGAAGGUGAUCGAGCCCACCCCAGCGUUCCCAGGAACCGAGAACUGCCCUCUUGGGUACCAGACCUCCGCCGGCCCUCUGAUCCCAUGACGGUCACUUCGGUUGAGACGCAAACUUUUCACGCUGGAGGUUUACCGACGCUAUGGGGCGGCAUUGAAAGUGCAAUGGCCGAGAAAUGCGUCAUGCGUAAUUUCUCUGUCACGAAGGGUGGUCGGCUAGGGCAAAUGCCUAUAGGCACGGAAAAGGGCGAUUUCGUGUGUGUUCUGUUAGGCGGGGACGUGCCCUUUGUGAUCCGGCUAACGGAUCACGACUCCCCCUAUCAUAGCCUGAUCGGGGAUUGCUUUCUGGAUGGUAUCAUGAACGGUGAAACGCUAGACUUCAAGGUCCGCACUCACAAAACGAACUUGUACAACUUGCCGUUCUACAAGGCAGCCAGCUACAACUGGGCUAUUGGACGUUUGAUGGACAUUGACGGACGCUCACCUGUCGUGGGUAAACAAGUGGCUGGCCUGAACGACUCUCCAGAUCAUCGUAGCCCUCGCGCCGACAGAGCCAAGAGACAAGGGCGACCGGUAUCACUGUGCAGCCAAGGCGCGAUGGGACAGCUUGGAAAGCUUCAUUCGAACAAGCUUUCCAGGGAGCUCGACCUGACAGCCUGGGCGGCGGGGCCGCCCACGCCCAGCCGGGCUGCGGGUGGCGAAACCGAGGCAACUACCGAGCCCCCCUGUUGUGUCGACCGAUAG